UGCAGACGAUGUGUUGAUGAUGAGCUCAUGCCCAGUUCAAAGCUAAUUCAUGGAAGAGCGGUUCACUGGCAACAUAUUAUAACACGAUAGAGAAUGAAAAGCAAAAGAAAGUGAUAUUCCAACGUAUAAUUGAGCACGUCCAAAACCAGGACAGAAAUCAAAUAGUAAAUCCAAAUUUGUUUUUUAUCGAACGUUGAACAAAUGAAGAUCGCAAUAUCGCUGACUUAUUUCUUGCGAUGGAUAAUUUUCGGGUUUGGAUCCACGGCAGCGAUACGAUACGAUCAUCGAGCUACCAGCACGUUGUCGGUGGGAACCGCAGGGGUUUUCGCCGAUCAAAUCGGCAGUUAUCCCGGCGGAUGUUGCCAGUGCAAAUUUGAGGACACCCCUUACUUGCAGUCGGCUUGUGGCGCUUCCGCAUCCUUCAUGAUACUGAUUCAAAGUCUGAUGAUGGCGAGGUGCGACAUCGCUGACCCUUGCCGACGAAGUGGCAGGAACGAACUACCCGAUGGACAAUGGUACGAUUUUAUAAUCGUCGGAGCCGGAGUCGCUGGACCUGUUUUGGCAAGGAGACUCAGCGACAAUCCAUGGUGGAAAGUUCUCCUGGUAGAAGCUGGCCCCGAAGAACCUACGAUGACGGCUUUUCCGGGACUGGCAUUCAACGCGAUCAAUACGUCGUUGGAUUGGAAAUUUUUGACCGAGCCAACGCAACCGCAUCCUACGGCUUGUUUGGAAAAUGGUGGCGCGUGCAGCUGGCCGAGAGGUAAAAUGGUAUCGGGAACUGGAGGUCUGUACGGGAUGAUGUACGCCAGGGGUCACCCUGAAAUUUACAACAAAUGGGCCCGCACCGGUAAUACCGGAUGGUCUUACAGCGAAAUCGAACACUAUUUUGAGAGGGCUGAAAACCCGGCCCACCUCCACAUGGUCAGCGAUCAACCAUAUCCGAGAACGCGCAACGGAGGUCCGUUAGUCAUCGAUCAUUUUCGACACAAACCCGAUUUUUCGGAAGCCUUGUUGGAAGCGGCGAAGGAACGGGGAUACAGAACAGAUUCACUUCACGAAUUCAAUCAGACCGGUUUUAUGGUGGCGCCGAUGAUGACGGAAAACGGACUACGUGGUACCACGUCGAGAUUUUAUCUCCGACCCGUAGCACACAGAAAAAACUUGGACGUCCUGACGAACGCUCAUGUGACGAAAAUCUUAGUCAAGAAGUGGGCAAACACGGCUUACGGCAUUGAGUACAUAGAUAAGAAAGGUAAAAAGAGGACGGUAAAAUGUAACAAGGAGGUCAUUUUAACAGCAGGAGCGAUCGGAUCGCCAACGAUUCUGAUGGCAUCGGGAAUCGGUCCUAAGGAACAUCUCGCCGAACUCGGAAUACCGACGAUAAAAGAUUUACCCGUUGGUAAAAAUCUUCACAAUCACGUUUCCAUCGGUAUCAAAAUGAGCAUAAACGACACUUAUUACGAAACACUGACCUUGGACGCAGUGAACGAAUUUCUGGCGACAAGAACUGGUCCGUUGGCGAGCACGGGGCUCACCCAGGUCACGGCAUUUCUCGAAAGUAACUACUCAACGGCGGGGGUGCCGGACUUGCAAGUAUUCUUCGACGGAUUCAGUUCGAGAUGUGCAAUGACCGGUAAUCGAAUCGAGUGUCCGGACGGAACCAUUGGAAAUUGUCCCGUGAGGCGAGAAAUCGUCGCUAGACCGACGGUCGUCUGCGCACGGACCAAAGGGUACAUGAAAUUGAGAUCGGCAGAUCCGCUGGACCCGCCGCUCCUUUAUCCGAACUAUUUCGACGACGUGACGGACGAAAAGAUCUUGAUCGAGGGUAUCAAGAAGGUUCUGGAACUGACGGAAACACCUUCGAUGAAAAAGUGGGACCUUCGCCUCGACCCGACUCCUCAUCCUUGGUGUUCGGAAUACGAGUUUGCAUCGGACGCCUACUGGAGUUGUUUCAUCCGCGUACAAACUGGCCCCGAGAAUCAUCAAGCAGGAACGUGUAAAAUGGGACCUCUGGGAGACGGUCAAGCGGUGGUCGAUCCGGAAUUGCGAGUUCACGGAAUUACUAAUAUUCGUGUCGCUGACGCAUCGAUAUUUCCGAUUGUUCCGAACGCUAAUCCAGUAGCAGCGAUUAUCAUGGUGGCAGAAAAGGCUUCGGAUCUGAUCCGCGACGCUUGGUCGUUCAAGUGAACCAGACCCAAACUGUCCACGUAACAGGCGUACGAAAUCUGAAUUGUGGGUUUUGCUCAUAAAUCGAUUUCGAUAAAUUUGCAAUUCAUAAUAUAUGUAACGCUUUUUUACCCGGUGUGCGAAUUCCGUUCCCGGAUCGACGAUUCGUUUGGAAAAGAAGAAUACAUAUGCAGUCGAAUCUCUUUUGAAAAACAAUUUUUGUACCGUAUUCUACUUGUUUCAAUAAACAGAAACCCUCUUCUCCGUAAGCAUACCCCUAA